UUUGGGAAGUCCUGAGAGGUGCUCUGCUGGCGAUGGAUAAAAAACUGUGUACGGAGAGACGAGAUGGGAUGAGAGAGGGUCUGCACUGCCCUCUCUCUCCCUCUGGGUAAAGGCGAGUUGCACGCACGCUGACGACAAUUGGAGAUUUGCUGAGUCGCUUCAAUGAUAUUGAUCACACUAUAGAGCGAUUCACUCAACUGAAAAAUUGUGCAGCUUUUCAAAGCUGAGGAACCUCUGUCUGUUGCAUUGGAAUAUUGUGUUGCUGUGUUAAUGAUACAGAUGAAGUGAAGUUGGGAAUUUGACGAACUAUGUACGGGGAUUCGGACAGCAUCAUGCCCCCUAGUGGCAGGGCAUCAACCAUGUCCUCUUCACUGUUUGUCUUCAACACAGAGCUGACUAUAUGUGGCGAUACCCUUGGUACUCAACUAUUGGCGCAGAGGUGGAAGCCACUGUUUGACCAGUAUGACCGGGGUCAUCAUGGCGAGAUUGAUGUGGAGGACUUCCGUCGUCUCCUCCAACAUCCACAGAUACAAGCAGAGAUGGACCGGCACACGCUGGAAGUGUUGGAGGUCAAGGCCACCGACCCAACACGCAAGAUGAUCAGUUACCAGGAGUUUGUCAAUAUUAUGAGCAAUCGCCGAAACCCCAGUUUCCGCCUUGCGGUAGAAAGUCGUGAGAAGGAUGGGUGGACUAGUGGCCGUUGCCUACAAGUUCAGCCGCCGCCCACCACCUGUUACGACAAGAUGGUGCACAAAGUAGCCAGAGAGUUCCUCACAGAUGAGCUUGACCGCCAGUAUUACGCUGACCGCUACAAAUGCUGUCCUCCACCUCUUCUUAUACCUGCAAUCACACUCAUAGAGAUUGGUUGUUUCAUCUACUACUGUCUCGAGUCCGGCAGUAUCGAGCCCAAUGGCCCAGUGCCCGUCAACUCCGUGUUUAUAUACCGUCCAGACCGCAGACUCGAGCUGUGGCGCUUCCUCUUUUACACACUGCUGCAUGCUGGGUACAUCCAUCUGUUCUUCAACAUGGCAGUACAGAUCUGUGUUGGGAUACCGCUGGAGAUGGUGCACGGGUCAUGUCGGAUACUGAUUGUCUACCUGGCAGGUGUACUAGCAGGUUCCCUGGGGACGUCAGUGUUCGACAUGGACGCCUUCCUGGUGGGUGCGUCGGGUGGAGUCUAUGCCUUGUUAGCAGCUCACUUAGCUAAUAUACUGUUGAACUACACCCACAUGGAGCUUGGAAUCCUGAAACUGGCAGCUAUUCUCAUUAUAGCAAGUGCAGAUGUAGGAUUUGCUAUAUGGGAUCGCUAUGUUCAUAAGGAAGUUGUCCCCCCUGUCGGGUAUGUGGCCCACCUGAUGGGGGCGCUGGCAGGACUAACUAUAGGUUUGGUGGUGCUCAAGAACUUUGAGCAGAAGUUACAUGAACAGUAUGUAUGGUGGAUAGCUCUAGCUGUGUACCUUGGUUGUGUCGUGUUCGCCAUCUUCUGGAAUAUUUUCUACUACUGACCGUGUUGACCGGAAGUGACUGUGUUAGAGUUCGAUGGAUGAAGAUGCUGACCUUGCAGACUAGAUCAUCACUUCACUAUGUGGACAAUCAGUUUUGGUUUUUGUGUAUUUAUUUCUUACCUUUGAUUAACUUUGCAAGCGUUAUUUAAAAACUCUUGUGUGGAUUGUGUUCAUCACGGAUGUGUUCAGUCUAAUUAGAAUCUUUUACUUCGACACAAUGCUCCUCUGUGUCAAGAUCUGAGGACACUUCUGGAGGAGGUUGCAUCAAAUGAACCUUCCAAUCAACCAGUCAGAAUUAAGGUUUCGGAGACAAGCAUAUCUGAUUUGUGGAUAUAUCAUACAUCCUUGACCCUUUAGAACGUAGCAUCUGCACACAAAAGGAUGUACUAUCAAAUGUUUAUUUGAGUUGGUAGUAUUCUUUUGACUUUCAAAUUUCCAUGUGGUAAAUGAAGCCAAAUAGUUUCACAAAACUAACAUUUGUCUGGCUCAAGAACCCAUCCUUCAUUUUGAUUGGGGAACCUGAGUUUACCUGACCAGACAUACCUGGUAUCGUCAGAUCUUAACAUUGAGACGUAUCACCAUCAGAUCUAAAGAUCAGUGAGAUUGAGAUGUGUUGUUCAGUAUGGCCAUUCACAGUGAUGACUUUUGUGUUAUACAGAGUACCUAAUCUCAAAGCUGUAGUGCUAUAGGUGAGUCAGUUACUGUUUGAAGGUUUAACCAGCCCUGAGCUAACAGUGCUUUACUCAUAGCAACUCUAGUCAGACAAUGUGUGAUUAGCUAACCUGUUACUUGAAACCAUUGACUAAUUGAAAAUAUGGAUUUUGCUCCAAGAAGUAUUUUCUUGCUUGAAGUCAUGAGUUAAUGUGUUUUAGAUUCUUCUAUUGCCAUGAAUCUUAACUGUUUGUGUUAAGGUGAAAUCUGAAUUUCAUCACAUAAGGAAUCCUAUUACAAUGCUGUGCUUCAGGUCUUAGUGGAGAUACACACUGACUAGUUGACUAGCACUGAUCAGUCUUCUAGUCUAUCUAUCAGGAUUCUCUCUCACAGUGAAACAAGAAUGUACUCCUUCAUAAGCUUGACAAUGUGGGGAAUCAAGCUUAAAACUGAUCCCUACCAAACAGUGCUUGCCUCAACAGGUAACGUAAUGGACUGGGUGACCAGGGUAAGUGACCAAGUCAUUGUAUAAGGAUGAUGCGUAUUGAUGCUUGCACUAUCAGUCACUGGUUUCUCUUGUCCAGAGUGACUGGAGAGUAUCUGGAUUAUUGCUGAGUGUGAAAUUAAACAACCAACAGACAUUGAAUAUUCAUGGUCUUGGGAGAAUCCUUUCUGACAUUAUCAAAAAUAUAUCUGUGGUCUAAUGAAUUAUUGUUUGGUUGAUAUGUAUUUUGGUGAUUCCAUGGAAUGGUUCUCUUUGAAUUGUUCACCUGUGUCUGGAUAUCCAUUUUAAACAGAGGCAUGUCUUAUCGAUCUGACAGUAUAUAACUGCUGUAGGCCUGAACUUGUGCAGAGGCGGUGGGGUAGCCUAGUCGUUAAGGCGUUCGCUUGUUAUACAAUUCACUCACUCACUCACUGGACUUGUACAAACAGCGACAUGUACAUCUCCAUAUAAAUACGAUAAUCUUUGACCUGACAUUAAACCCAAUUUCACCCAGUUGAUACAAUAGAGAGGUACCUGUUCCAGAAAUUAAUCAUGAACAUUACUUAUUAUUUAAUGAAUAGUUAUGUUUUUUCAAAGAACAUAUCAGCCUGCCAAUAUCAGCAUCAGUUUAAACUUGUGAACACUUUUAGAAACAAAAAUAGACAUCUCGGUACAUUAGUAUCAUUGAUGGGGAGAGAAAAACGGCUCUGAUUUAACCAACAUCUUCGAAAUUCUUUAAGUGGGUUUUUGGCUGUUCAUCAAAUUACAUCUAUUUCCAGAUCAAUCUUCUGUGCAGUGGUCACGACAUCUUCUUAUCAGACUUCAAAAAGAGACAGUUUUGAAAUCCUGGGGAUCUAUGAACCAAGUAAAUGCAAUUAAAAAAAUCUUGACACUGUUUUUCCGUGGUCUAUAUGUAACAGCAUCAUCAGAUAUCACUGCAGUCUCAGGGUUGUUUUGUGGGGUCCGGUAGAUUGGUAGUGCUGAAAUAUUGACCAUUACAAGGACAGUUGAUAGAAUAUCUACAAGUUAUGUAAUCUUUUUUACGACUUUGUCAAUAGUUUGAACAUCUGAGGAAUAAACUUAGGUUGAUGCUAAUAUUUCACAACCUGUAAAAACAAUUAUGGGUUUGGUGUUCAUAGUUAACACACCUCUGUUUUAUACUAUUACGUUUUAUGCUGUAAGUAGGACACAUGUUAGAUGUUAUUAAACUUCUUUUCAGUAUUAUAUAUACACUAUGAAAGUAUGAGGUAGGAUUGAGGUCCUUGAGUUACACCCUGAAAAUGUCAGAUAUGAAUGUUUGAAGUGGGAUACGAAAGUUAGCAGACAUUUUCAAAAUGGCCGAUAACUAGACAUUUUUCUUUGACUCGCUAAUUGUUUACUUCUAACAUGAUAAACUACAUCAUCAUUCAAAAUGAGUGAAAAAGAGUUUUAAGAGUUGAAAAGAACAUGAAAAUAUGAGCAAGCCUGUGAUCAAGAUGAUUUUUUACCGUACAUGUGUACUGUUUUUACCAACACCUUCAGAGAAGAUCAUCUAGGGUCAGUUGCCCUUGUACAAAUGAAUGCUCCCUGAAAACUUCAUAUAACAGCCUAAAACAUGGCAUGUGAGCCUUACCUAUGCAUCUAGUGCUGUUUGAAGUCCACAUCAUUGUAAUGAACAAAGUCUAAUUCUUUCAUAUGAACACAUCUAAUAUUGUUCUUAUGAUUGUGUAAAUAUUUUCCACAGUGCUUAACUUAUUUUGGUGGUGGGGUAGCCUAAUGGUUAAAGCGUCCAUUCAUCACCCUGAAAACCCGGGUUUGAUUCCCCACAUGGGUAAAUACG